AUGUCGGAAUCCGGGUCCCCAUACCCCUAUCCCGAGGGCAAUGGCACUGACCAAAAGACAUUUGGCAUCAUCAUGGGAGUCCUGUGCCUUGCCGCAGUGCUUGCCAUCGCGUUCACCGUCUGGAUUUACAUGUGCCCCAAGAAGACCUCGGAGGUUGAUCCCGAGGCUGGCCCCCAGCGGCAGCCGAAGGGUGAGGAGGGAGGCGAUGGAGAUGAGGGAAGCGAAUCCGGCCAAGGAGAUGGACCAACCCAAGCCAUGAGGCAGCCGGGUCCCAGGCAUCCUCGCGUGCCGCAGUCAGUGCAUUCGGGCUCAUCCCGAUCGGACAAGAGCAACCCCAAGCCGCUGAAACAGCUCCCGCAGCAAUUCUCCCAGCUCCCGCCGGAAGUUCAGCAGCAGAUUUUGGCGCACGCCGAGAAGCCUGACGACAGGAAACAUCGAGACAAGACCCCGGCGCCGGCUUCGCGACAGCUUCGCAUGCACCUCUGGGACUCGCUCUCGCCCAGGGACCACGAAGAGCUCUACGAAAAGUUCGACGCGGACAUCCAGAGGCGCGCCAAACUAUGCCUCGAGGAGCAGAGGCUCGAGGAGCAACUGGCAAAGGUACGAAGCCAGUCUCGAAAUCCUCAAUCGAGCGCCGCCGCCUCAAGCUCCCAUUCAAGCUCUCGACCUGGUACCGCUGCCUCGAGCACGUACCCGAGCUUUCGUGCACCUACCACUGUUGCCACGAGCGUCCACCCUCCCAGCGAAGCGACCUUUGUGGAUGUCCCGGGAGCUUAUCCCAGCUAUCAGGAGCCCCCAAGGAUGUAUUCAAGGCGCCGAGCGCUGUCAAGUAUUCUUACAAUUGAUUACUCUUGA